GCAAUAAACAACAAAAAUGAAUGAAAUUAUUAUUUUUUUUAUAAUGGGUCAAAUUUAAUUUUCGAACAGAUCAUGUCAUUGUCAUUUGCUUUUCCUAGCCAAAACCACCUGAGGACACAAGAAACAAAAUGGAUAUACGAAAUGUUUUUCAAACCUAAGCUUUCAAAAGAGCGAGAACCAAAGAUCGAAGAUGUGAACCAUGAAACGUCAGACAGCACCGCCAAAAUGGUGAGCGGAGUUUCAGUUUGUCCCACUAAAGACGCUAAUUGUACAACAGAGCCACAACUGGGCUUACCAUAUUCAAUGGACGACGUCCUUGGCCAAAAGCAUAGCUGUCCUAAGCAGGCUGAUUUAGAAUCCCCCUAAAAAAAGAUGCGAAACAAAAAAACACUCAUUUUCAAUGUAUGAUUACAAAUAUUCCUAACUUGAAUAUUCCAUCAAAAAGGAUGCUGUCUCCUGUUUUGCCUGCCAGUUUUCAAACUCACCACGGUGGGGCUUUGUUUCGCAAGGGUGUGAGUGACUGGAAAAACAUUAAAUUGGAUAUCUUUGCCUAACGCAAAAAUCAGUGUCUACCUCGCCACAGAAAAACGCACCCACACACACAUUGCUGGGAUGCCUGUAUUUACGAGCAUGGGCUAAGCUACUAACCGAGCAUAUAUCUUGUGAAUUAAUUCUAUUUCUGACACUGCUUUUUGCGGUUAUCAACAUGUUUUGCCCCCCUUGCCACAAAAGUCAAACUCCGCCUAUUGAGCUAUUUCAAUUCACAUGGAUUUGACUAUGGUAGUGAAAGAGUAAAAUAGACAAAGCAACAUCUUGCUGCAGAAAUGAGAUAAACCUUUGUGUUUUGCAGUGUUUUGUUGUUGUUGUUGUUGUUUUUGCACCACGAGAGAGACCACACUUAUGUUUACCAGAUAGCCGCUUUAGUAAUCUGUUUCCAAAAAUGUUGACGUUGUAAAGAAAGAGUCAGCUGGUUGCACAGACGUCAGCGCAACGAAAGGGAGAGAGAGAAAACCCGAAAGUUACGUCAGGUGAUAUCACGAGACCAAACGAGACGGCAACACUUAAAAGAGCGAAAGAGCUGCCUCAGCCAAUCACAACGCAGAUCUGGUUUCGGUCCCGCCCUUUUCCCCGUGCAAAAGGUCUUGCAAGUUGCACCAUUGAUUGUAGCCAACGUGUUCAGGAGUUACUUUCAUCGCAGUAAACAUGUCUCCAGACGAGAGCCUCGCCUCCAGCGUCACCGACAAAAGGAUGCAGUCGGUAGGUGUGGCACUGGAAGAGCUGCUGGUAACUGCUCAGAAACAAGAAUGCCUGACGAUCGGCAUCUACGAGUCAGCGCAACUUCUCAAUACAGACCCAGACAGCGUGGUCCUGUGCGUGCUGGCCGCCGACGGUGCCGAGGACGAUGUGGCGCUACAGAUCCACUUCACACUGCUUCAGUCGUUUUGUUGCGACAGCGGCAUCACCAUCCUGCGCGUUGCGGGCAUGCCGCGACUCCGGCGGCUGCUGGCCAAUGUGGACGGCGGCUGCAAGGACAUACACUGCAUGUUGGUCACGAACCCCGAAGCCAAUCACUGCCGGCUGCAAGAAGUUGGCGUCUACUGCCAGGAGAGCCUCCGCGUGGACCAGUGGGUCCCCGAGCUCGUCCUGGAGGAACGUUGAAAGCAAAUGCAACUUCACGGGUCAAGUUUGAACAGGGGAAGGGAACCCCACACAAAUCUUAGGCUGCGUGACCAAGUCGAACUCUAGGAAAUUCCACAGCGAGGACUGCUUCGCGGACGAGCCGGUGUUUCUAGGAAGCGGACUGGAAUGCGGCCAAAGUAAAACUAUGCACGGCAUUCCCGACACACGCAAGAACUCCAAGGACACUUUUGUAUUCUUUUAUUUAUGUUGGUGCUGUCAACAUUCGUUGUUGUGAAAUAGCGACGUGCUGCCUAGUUUUAUUUGUUGCUUAUAAAUUAUUUUCUUUAUCA